CCACCGCCGCGGUCGGCCCCGAGAUUGCCGGGAGCGGGGCUCCGCCGCCCAAGUUAGGGACGCGCCGGUGACCGCGCAGGCUGUGUGCCCGAGGCCUGUUCUUUGCGCUUCCCUGGGCCUCAGUUUCCAUCUAUGCAGUAUACUUGUCACCCUGCCCUCUUCCUUACCCGGUCCUCGCCGGCGGUAAGCUGCGGCGUCAUUGUUUCGGGAAUGUGGACCUUCCCUGCUAAACUACACGGGCCUCCAGGCUGCUCUUUUUACUGCUGAGUCCUCGACGCCUGUGACAGCGGCGCCCGCACCGAGCAGACGGUUCAGUAACUGUCGGAUGGAAGAGCAGGACUACAGUUCAGUGGCUUGGCUUUUGGAGUUGAUGAACGUGAAAUUUACCGUAUCAGCACAAUAGAAAAAGAAAGCCAAGAUUUCAGGAUCCUUCCCGAGAAAAGACCCAACUGGCAGCCUCACAAUGAUUUCCUCUACGCAGAGAUCAAGAGAGCACAAGCAGGGGGAACGGCAGGCAAAGGAGAAGCAGGCUCCUGACUGAGCAAGGAGCCGGAUGUGGGACUGGAUUCCAGGACCUUGGGAUUAUGGCCUGAGCCCAAGGCAGACACUCAAUGGACCGAGCCACCCAGGAAUCCCAGAGUACUGGAAUUUUAAAUAGUGGGGUCUGGCAAGCUGCUCUGAGGUGACAUGUAAAGAAACAUCUGAAGGAGGCUGUAGUUCUGCCAAUGAUCCUGUGAGUGCUGGGGAGUCUCCGCUGCCCCUAGGGGCCCCUGUCCAGGAUUGGUCCACCCGCCCCCAGCAUGGCGUCCGACACCCCCGAGUCCCUGAUGGCCCUCUGCACUGACUUCUGCCUGCGCAACCUGGAUGGCACGUUGGGCUACCUGCUGGACAAGGAGACGCUGCGGCUGCAUCCAGACAUCUUCCUGCCCAGCGAGAUCUGCGACCGGCUCGUCAAUGAGUACGUGGAGCUGGUCAACGCCGCCUGCAACUUUGAGCCGCACGAGAGCUUCUUCAGCCUUUUCUCAGACCCCCGCAGCACCCGCCUCACCCGGAUCCAUCUCCGCGAGGACUUGGUGCAGGACCAGGACCUGGAGGCCAUCCGCAAGCAGGACCUGGUGGAGCUGUACCUGACCAACUGCGAGAAGCUGUCUGCCAAGAGUCUGCAAACACUGCGAAGUUUCAGCCACACCCUGGUGUCCUUGAGCCUCUUCGGCUGCGCAAACAUUUUCUACGAGGAGGAGAACCCAGGGGGCUGUGAAGACGAGUGCCUCGUCAACCCCACCUGCCAGGUGCUGGUCAAGGACUUUACGUUCGAGGGCUUUAGCCGCCUACGCUUCCUCAACUUGGGCCGCAUGAUCGACGGGGUCCCUGUGGAGUCCCUGCUACGGCCACUCAACUCCCUGGCUGCCUUGGACCUCUCGGGCAUCCAGACGAGCGACGCGGCCUUCCUAACCCAGUGGAAAGACAGCCUGGUGUCCCUUGUGCUCUACAACAUGGACCUGUCGGACGACCACAUCCGGGUCAUCGUCCAGCUGCACAAGCUGCGACACCUGGACAUCUCCCGAGACCGUCUCUCCAGCUACUACAAGUUCAAGCUGACUCGCAAGGUGCUGAGCCUCUUUGUGCAAAAGCUGGGGAACCUGAUGUCCCUGGACAUCUCUGGCCACAUGAUCCUGGAGAACUGCAGCAUCUCCAAGAUGGACGAGGAGGCAGGGCAGACUAGCAUUGAGCCUUCCAAGAGCAGCAUCAUGCCUUUCCGGGCCCUGAAGAGGCCACUUCAGUUCCUUGGGCUCUUCGAGACCUCCCUGUGCCGCCUCACACACAUUCCCGCCUACAAAGUCAGUGGUGACAAAAAUGAGGAGCAGGUGCUGAAUGCCAUAGAGGCCUACACGGAGCACAGGCCUGAGAUUACCUCACGGGCCAUCAACCUGCUUUUUGACAUCGCACGCAUCGAGCGCUGCAACCAGCUUCUUCGGGCCUUGAAGCUGGUCAUCACGGCCCUCAAGUGCCACAAGUAUGACAAGAACAUUCAAGUGACGGGCAGCGCCGCGCUCUUCUACCUGACCAAUUCCGAGUACCGCGCGGAGCAGAGCGUCAGGCUGCGCCGACAGGUCAUCCAGGUGGUGCUGAAUGGCAUGGAGUCCUACCAGGAGGUGACGGUCCAGCGGAACUGCUGUCUGACCCUCUGUAACUUCAGCAUCCCUGAGGAGCUGGAAUUCCAGUACCGCCGGGUCAACGAGCUCCUGCUGAGCAUCCUCAGCCCCACGCGCCAGGACGAGUCGAUCCAGCGCAUCGCCGUGCACCUGUGCAACGCCCUCGUCUGCCAAGUGGACAACGACCACAAGGAGGCCGUGGGCAAGAUGGGCUUUGUUGUGACCAUGCUGAAGCUGAUUCAGAAGAAGCUGCUGGACAAGAUAUGUGACCAGGUGAUGGAGUUCUCCUGGAGCGCCCUGUGGAACAUCACGGACGAGACGCCCGACAACUGCGAGAUGUUCCUCAAUUUCAACGGCAUGAAGCUCUUCCUGGAUUGCCUGAAGGAAUUCCCAGAGAAGCAGGAACUGCAUCGGAACAUGCUAGGACUCUUGGGAAACGUGGCCGAGGUGAAGGAGCUGCGGCCCCAGCUAAUGACUUCCCAGUUUAUCAGUGUCUUCAGCAACCUGCUGGAGAGCAAGGCCGAUGGGAUCGAGGUUUCGUACAACGCCUGCGGCGUCCUCUCCCACAUCAUGUUCGAUGGGCCCGAGGCGUGGGGCAUCUGCGAACCCCCGCGGGGGGAGGUGGAGGAGCGCAUGUGGGCAGCCAUCCAGAGCUGGGACAUCAACUCUCGGAGAAACAUCAAUUACAGGUCAUUUGAGCCAAUUCUUCGUCUCCUUCCCCAGGGCAUCUCCCCUGUCAGCCAGCACUGGGCCACCUGGGCCCUGUACAACCUAGUCUCUGUCUACCCCGACAAGUACUGCCCCCUGCUGAUCAAAGAGGGGGGACUGCCCCUGCUGAGGGACAUGAUCAAGAUGGCAACCGCUCGGCAGGAGACGAAGGAAAUGGCCCGCAAGGUGAUCGAGCACUGCAGUAACUUUAAAGAGGAGAACAUGGACACGUCCAGAUAGAGGCUCCGCCCCCACGGCCGCCACUGGUCUGGACCACGAGGCCGGGAGGAAGCUCUCAAGCAGCCCAGCGGGUGGACCCCCACCAGGGAGCCUCCCGCUGGAUGAAGGGACACGGGGACUUUUGCACAACCGACGCUUUUCCUUAUUAGUGAGAUAUAUAUAUAUUAUAUAUAUAUAUUAUUUUUUUUGGUUAGGAAGUGUGAAGUUUUGUGUGUAUGAUUUCUGUACAAAAACAAAAGAACACUCCUUGCGUCCCUGCAGCUUCCUCGGCCACUCUCAAGCCCCAACUCCAAGCCUUCAUUGCUGCCACUCACUCCUACCCCCUCAGAGGAAAUGCCUCUAACGUUGUGAGAGUGCAGUCCCUUCCCAGUGACCUCAGACCCUGGCCUCGCUUCCCAUUAGGAGAGGCAGCGGGCUUCUAACAGCCCACUCCAGCACCCCAACCCACCCGCCUAAGCCUGAGAACCCCAUCUAGGCUCCUGGGUGGGGCCAAUGGGGUUUGGGAUGAAAACUAGCCCCACUGGGUCUCCCAAAUGCCUUGGUGCUCCCAGCCGUGGGCCAUCUGGGGCAAGAAAGUGAGUGCCCAGGCCCAGGCCGCCCCAGCCCCAGGGGACCCUCAGGAGCGGGGCUCCCAGUGGCCCCGCCAGUUCUCUGGCCAGGCCUGCCUGAGGCCACGCUGCUACGGAGGCUGCCUCCUGGUCUCCCACCAGGUCCCAGGCUACUGAAGGCCCCAGCCCAGGGUUGGUCAGAACUCAGGCAGAUUCCACUGCCCCUUCUGCCACACAUAUUCAGCGCCCGCCCCAGCCCCGGGAGCCAGCACCGCCAGGGCCAGGGGCUUGCUCCUCACUCCCCAGCCCUUCCCCUGCCCGCAGCACCCAUGGUGCCCAGGCACCCCCACCAGCAGAACUGAGCCGGCCUCCUUUGCGCCCCACCCCGACCUGCCCCCCUGCCCGGAGGACCCCACACGUCUCUCAGUGAGGCAGGAGGUCCCGGCUCCAGCCGGACCGCAGCAACAGGUAGCUGCCUCCAGACCAGCAACGGGGCCCAGCCUGCAGUGGCCCCACCCGGGCCCUUCUCAGCCCCUCCUCCCUGCCCCCAGGCUUUACCUUGGAACCUCUGUGCUGUGUUUCAGAGAAGUGUGAGCUGCAAAUGUAUCUUGAAAUAUCUUGUGGUCCUCCCUUCAUGUAACUCCGAAUUGCUUCUCUGGAGACAGGCAGCAGUGAAGGGGCCCCUCCAGAACAAGGCCUGGGGGAGCAGUGCCGACUCUGCAGGCAUCCCCCAAGGGGAUGACCUCUCUUCCUUCCUACUUCCCUAGGCCUGUGUUUGGAUUCUCCUAGCAUUUCUGCCUCGAGGUAGAACAGGCUGGAUGAACAGCCCAAGGGAGAGGCACCAGGCCUCCCCAGAAGUCUGUCCCUGCCAGCCCUGGGAAGGGGCGGCUGCCCUGUGCUUCCCAAGCUUGGCAGACAGGCCACGCCUGCCCCUCCCCUCCAUGCUCACAUGGCCUGAGCCAGACCCCUGGGCAGAGUUCACAUCCCAUUGCUUUACCACCUGGGGCCUGGGUAAAUGUCUGUACUUUGGGAUGUCACAGAAAUACAUUUUUGUGCAAAGUGGAAA